AUGCGCCUCGGUGCUUCUGCUCUGCUGCAGCAUCGUGCAGCCUUCAGCAGCAGCAGCAGCCAGCCCACGGCCAUAGACAUGGCGUGGCCAGCUAGCCUGCAGAAGGCGCGGUCGUGGGAUGAUGGCGUGGCUACCAACUUCGCCACCUCCUCCCUCGCUGACGUCUUCAAAGGUGCGUUCACAGGAGUGUGCUCCAAGGCGCACGUGCCUGGGUACCUGGCAGCGCUGCCUGAGCUGAAGGCCAAGGGCGUGGAUGCGGUGCUCUGCACGGCUGUCAAUGACCCCUACACACUGCACGCCUGGGCCAACCAACUGCAGGCACAUGACAAGAUUGACUUCUAUGCUGAUUUCGAUGGUUCUUUCCAUCGCCAUUUGGGCCUUCAGUUUGACUGCUCGGGAGCACUUUUGGGGAUGCGCUCGAACCGGUGGGCUGCGGUGGUGGAAAAUGGAGUAAUCAAGACCCUUAAAGUUGAGGAAAAUCCAGGGGAAUUGCAGGUCAGCAGGGCUGAGGACAUACUUACAUCACUUCAGUAA